UCGUAUUCCCAGGAGAUACUUCUUCUAUGUCAUCUUAACUGCUUCCUUGUAGUGCUGUUGUCUAUCUGGUGUGGGUGAGAAGGACAGAAAUAGGGACUGGAGCGGGGUCAGGCAUAGAGAAGAGUUCCUUUCCCAGUUGCUUUUUUGGUUGUCUCAUUUGCUACCUCCAACCCUGAUCUAAUGUCCAGUACCUGGUCUUAAAAUGACAAUAAAGAGCUCUUCUCCUAUAGACAUACGGGGAUGCUGUGGAUUCAGAGAUAUUUAUAGUUAUGGUAGGUUCCUCAGAUAUCACUGACAGAGAAUGGGGUAUCUCAGGAAAGAACAUUGAGGACAUCAUGGAAGCACUCCAAGUUGCUGAUCAGUUGUCAACAGAUAAUGUCUUACAAACUCUCAAGUUGCUGAAAGUCAAAAUCCUAAAUAACAAGAUGGCAACUUCACUAUGCCAGAAAGUGACAGAUACCAUCGUUGACUACCUGAGAACAAUGAAGCCACAGGGAGAACUGGAGGAGUUAUGUACUGGGAUCCUAACGGCUCUGGGGUUCCAGUCUCCAGGAAUAGUCAUCUUCAAAUUGUGGGACAGAUGGCACAACAACCUGCCCCCAAAUUGCCUCCUGAUUGCAGUGGGGAGACUCAUCUUCUUCCAGGGUUGCCCAGACUCUGAAGGCAGAGCUAGGAUCAGAAACCAGGCCUCCUGGACCCAAUCUAUAAAGUUUCCUGCACUAAGGCUAGGAUGCUCCCCUCCCUGGCAUACAGUGCUCAAAGCAUUGGUUAUCAGUGUCCGGAAACAUCUGGAUCUGGGUACUAAAGAAGAUGAAAUAAUGGACAUCACACAAGAGGCAGCAUCCCUCAAGGCUUACCUCACCCUCCGGCUUCUCUUCAAUCGUUGGUCCCUGAAGAGCAACAACAAGGUGACAGAGCAAGCUCUGGUGAUAACUGGCCACCUCUUCUUCCUCAUGCCACCAUCCAAACUCAAGAACCAAGUAAACCGGUUAACCCGAUGGUUAAUGACUUUGAUAUCUGCAAAAGUGGUACCUUUCUACAUUUCUCAGUGUAUCUGCCAACUUACGGAGGCUCUGGCUCUUAGUGGCUAUGGAGGUAUAAACUUGGAAUCCCAGCUGGAAAAUAUUAUAGGCAUGCUGUUCGAACAGCUGAGUGAAACAGUCAAGGACUCAGAUUCUCUCUCUGUACAGAACCACAGCCUUGCCCUGAGGUCUUUCUACAACCUGAUCCAGUUAUACAACGAUCAGGUGAUACCCUUAAUACGAAAGAACAUGCAAACCAGUGAUCCAGCCAAGAUAGUAUCAGCCCUUCAAGUUUUCAUGCAUGUGUUCCAGGAAGUGCCCCAGACAGAGCAACUGCAGAGUGAAGUGAUGCAUUCAGUGAUAAUCAUGAUCCAGGAGGAUCUCAAACCAGUACAGAAGGCCCUCCUGAACUUCAUUGAGAUGCUGGGCCAGCAUGACUACUUGGCCUUGCCCCAGGGGAACUUCAUCAUCAACUAUGUCAUCAGGCUCAGCGAGUCUGACUGCUCAAAUGAAGAGGACAUCCAAAUUUUGUGUUCCAAAAUCCUACAGAUGGUGUCCUUGCCCAAACUGAUCACCUUGGCGUGCCAACCCAGCAACACCUUGGCCUUUGUGCUGCUGAGUAAGACAGCUACAAAAAUGGCUCUGAGGGCCCGGUCCCGGGGCCAGGUGCCCUACCUCAGCAGCUUCCACCUGAGCCCUACCCAAUUCAUCUCCCCACAGAAACUCCUGACUCAUCUUGUGGUGCUUUCUGUGAAGCCCUAUAGAGAAGGGGAGUUUGGUGUAAGCUCUCUAAGGCUACUAUAUGCCCUGCAUCCUAUCACUUCCUUGCACCCCAUUAUCAACUCGAGCGUGGGCCAGCUGUGGAUGAAGAAGAUCCCCCAGAUGUUGCAGAUACUGGAUGAUCACACUGAGAAGAACCUGAAUCAGGAGGAGUGGGAGGACAGGCUGCUCCAGUUUUCAAGUCAGUCAUUAGUGGCCAUUGAUGAUGACAGCUGGCUGGAGCAACUCAUCAAGGUUGUCUUGGAGAGGAUAAAUUAUUUCAGCGAUGAUGAGGAGAAGGCUUUUCUAUAUAAAUUCUUUGGAUUCACCCUGCGGACCUCAAGGAAUAUGAAACUGAUAAAGAUGAUGAUCUCUUCCAUCCUACAAACUGUCCACGAAGAGCUGCAGGAGAGGGAGGGCAUUGCUGUGGCGCUCAGUAUCGUGUCCAUGAAACAUCUGAAGAUAGUCCUGGACCAACUGCAAGUAUAUAGUGCUGUCCUCACUGACAAGGACUCAUCAUUCAUCCUCAAACUAAUGAAGGAACAUCAGCGAAGGGAAUGGGGGCUGGUCUGUAACAUCAUCUACUUAAGCUACAGCAAGAUUAUUUUAGAGAGCAAGGGAGACAUCUUCACACAUUUAGAUGGCAUCCUGGCCAUGGUCCUGCAACACUACCACAACUGCAUUAUGGAAAAGGAUAAGAACCUGAAACUGGAGUACCUGGAUGCCCUGACCAAGCUAACAAACAUCCUGAGCAGCCACCCCAUGGCCUUUCAAUUCAAGUUCCCUCAGAAACUAGAAAUUGUAACCUUCAUGAUGGAGUUAAUCAGGGAGGAGCCGUUGAAUUCCAUCUCUAGCUCCAUUAGGCUGAAGGCAAUGAACAUCAUUAUUGACUUCAGGAAGCUCCAUCCCCUUAUGGAGUUGGAAGAAAGAACAGAGCUACUCCGAACAUGCUAUAAGAGUGUGCUCUGCCUGCCAUCCACAGAAGUUUUACAGAAGGAGGCAUCCAGUUUGCAGGAGGCCCAGGCCACUGUGGAUUUGUUCAGGGAGACCCUGCAAUCUCUACUAAGGCUAAUGGAGACACUUAUUGUUGAGAUGCCCUCUCGGAUCCAGCACUGCUUAGAGCUUCUGGACACAUGGCUGAAUUCCCAGAAGGACAAUGAGAGGGAACGGGCCAUGUGGUGUGCUGCCCGUAUUCUUGGCUUCACUGCAAAAAUGAACAACUUUGGAAUGGAUAUCGAGUUCAGUCGGUUGGGGCGUUUAGUAAGGCUGUUGGCUCUACGCUGCCAGGACCCAGUGGACAACAUUUGCUUCCUGUCUGCGCAGGCUGUCUACAGCCUCUACUGUAUCCUCCUGCUGCAAAAACAGAUGGGAAGGAAAAAACAGGGCUUAUGGGAAGAAGAAGGCAAGAAUGAAGUCUAUAGCGCCAACGUGUUCUAUAACAACACCUUUGAGAUUGCCAAGGCAUUUGCAGAGUACUUCACCAAGAUGCAGCUCACCACCCUGGUGCUGACAGCCAUGGAGGGCCUGACUGACAGCAGGGCCAAGGUGUCUCUGGCAGCAGCCCAGCUGAUGAGUGCUGUCAUGAAAGAGCGGGGCCGAGACAUGAUAAAGAUUGAGGAAGUUGUGGAGGGGAUUCUGGAACGGCUCAACUCACAACUGGAGCCCAACACAAAGGAGGAGACUGUGCGGGCCAUGUGCUUGCUGGCCGGCAACAACACUCACACUGUCGUGCCUAUGCUGCUCAACAAGACCCUGCCUUGGGAUAGAACCAAUCUGGCCCUGUGGAAGGCAUUUGGCAACCAGCGAGAGACCACAAUCAGUGUCCUGCAGCUGCUCAUUGGCAUCCUAGAAAGACUCCACUCCAAAGAGGAAACUAAGGAGAUGGCCUUCCAGCCGGUGGCGGUGACAUGUGCUUUGUAUGAGAUGCUGUCAGGGUCCCUGUGCCAGGAAGCUGUCCAGGAGCUCUACCCUCGGCUUUUGCUGGCUAUACUGUGUCAUCUCUACUGGGUGAUUGAGCAAAAUGUCCCUCAGAAGAUGGUGGUCUACAGCAAGGAGGGGGGCCCAGGUAGCAAGAGCAAGCCCUUUGACCCCACUAGUUGUGCCCUGGAGGUAGUGAAGUUGGUGUUCUCAGCGGCUGCAUAUGAUGGAGUGGUGGUCUAUGGAGAUCAGCAUUGUUGCUGGGACCUUCUGUCCUGCCCCAGAUUUUACUACAUAGGGAUCAUGGACCUGACAAGCAACUCUUGGCUUCCUGUGUUCCACCCCAGUGGCAUUGUGAAGACCUGUGAACCUGCCAUCCUGCACCGAAUCCUCAACCUUGUCAGAAGCCUCCUCUAUAGCUCCAGCUAUCAUUGGAAAAUCCUGGCCAGGGCCUUCUAUGCACAGCUCCUCUGGCACCGAUCAGUGGCUCAGACUCUGGGGCAAGACUUGUUGGUCAAUCUAAUCAAGUGGGUCAAAGAGCCCAACCUCAUUAUGAAGGAAGUUGGGCUUCGUGGAAUCAGUAACCUGGCACUGCACCCGGGACAAGCAGAAUCUCUGAAGGGCCAGGUUCCAUUCUUGAAAGACUUGCUGAAGAAUGAGGCACGAGUGACAGUGCAGGCAGUAAAGAGCCUACGGAACAUCAUCUGUCAUGGGAAGGGAGAGGACAUCAAGGUGGUCUUUUGCAGCAUCUCCAAGCAACUUUGUCCACUCAUCAAUGAUGAGAGGGACCAGGUGAAGAUCUCGGCCACCUCUGCCCUGAGCCACAUGUUGCGUCACAUUGACAAAUUCAAGCCUAGACUCACCACCCGAAGAGAGAUCUACACUUUUCUAGUCCCGCUGCUACUUAGCAUUCAGGAUAACAACACUGAAGUAGUCAAGGCCUGUGGAAGGGCCCUGACAGAGUGGACUAAUGUGAUUGGCUGGUCAUCACUCACCCAGACAUUCCGGCAUAUCACCCUCAGUGAUCACAUCCAGGUAUUGGAAGAAACGUGCAAGUACCUGGUGAACACAAGCAAAACACAGCUUGUGGGCGAUUUACUGUUCCAGAGCUUUGGCUUCCUGAAGAGCUCUCAGUCCUUUCUAAGGGCAGCUGCCAUCAACUUCAUAGCAUUAACAGUUAAGAAGCUAAACAUGAGUCAAAUACAUGAGGAUGACGUGGAGCUAUUACAGAAUGCUAUUGGAAAUCUGAGGAAUGAUCCUGUGGAGUCUAUCCAGUCUUUGGUCAAUACUACUCUGAAAAAAAUUGAUGAAUAUAUUAACUUCAGGUCUAUCUCUACUUCCAGGAUGAGCCAGAUAAGCAAUAACAUCCUCAAAGUCACUGGCAUAAAAAACCCAGAAAGAAAGAAACGACUGUUUAGGAGUGUCAAACGAGAAAGAGAUGAUGAUAAUCAGAAAAUCUGGAGGUGGCUUCAAAGCCCUCUAAAUUCACUUGCGCAACCGGUACAGUGGUAGGGUGAAAGAUAUUCCACACAAAUUAGGCAAUUCAGAUAAAUAGUCAACAGGGUCACAGGUCCCGACAUCUGAAAGUCCACCUACAGAAGCUGGGCCUGCUGCCAAAUAAGUUGCUUCUAAUUACUCUGGAACUAAAGCCUUUUCCAUUUGUUUUUCCAGAUGUCAGUACUUUGCUUCCCAGUAGCUCUCCUACCUUAGUCCAACCAGAUGGGCUACUUUGGAUUAAACUCAAGGAGGCGGUUUUGAUCUUAUCAGACUCAGUAUGUUUCUUGUCCUUUAUCUCCCUACAGGAUUAUUGGCUAUCAGCAUAUUCAUUGUCAAUAAAGCUUAUUUUCUCAUUCUAAGACAA